GAUAAACAACAACAACAACAACAAGAGGAAGAACAAAAAAGUGAAUUUAAUUUCCUAUCAUCAAACUACCUCUCUAUAAUGUGGGUGUGUGUGAUAAUUAUGAAUUUUUUUCCUUGCGCAUCAUUUUAACCCGGUUAACCAGUAUUAGCACAUGAAAUAUUUUCUACAUUACUCAUCACAUAUGAACGAAGAAAAAAAAAUAAUGAACAAAACGACAACGCAUCAUAAAUAUUUUAUAUCAUCGCACUUGUUGCAAUCAUAAUCAUCAUCAUCAUCAUCAUCAACAACAACAAAAAAAAUCAUCGAAAAAUCAUGGAUAAAAACAGUUCAUUGAGAUGUUUGAAAUUUUCAUUAAUUGCUGGCAAUUCAGCUGUUAUAGCAAUUGGAUUGGCCGGUUUUCUUACCGGUCUUGUUUCACCGAAUGCUAUGCAACAUUUAACCGUAUCUGGUUCACAAUUAUCAUUGACCAGUUCAAUUAUUGUUGUUAUCGGUGCAGCCGGUCUUAUUGGUGCAUUACGUGAAAAUUUUUGUUUAUUAUUAACAUAUUCAUUAUGUUUGUUUAUUGUGUUCAUAUUUCGUUUAUUGUGGUCAUUAACAGCACCAUUACAUCAAAGUGGUCGUUUUAUAAUGGACACCACUGCAAGUCUUACAAUAUUAUCUAGUCUUGCUAAAUUAUUUCUAAUGAUUUUUGCUAUAUUAUUGGCAUUGGCUGCACAGAAUUCUUUGCCAUUAACAAAAGAAAAAUUUCAUUAUCUAAAAGAUAAAUUUAAAUUGAAACAAAAAAUGAAGAAAAAAAAUGAUGAAAUCGAUGCCAUUUAUCAACAUCGAAAACAACAACAACAACCA